CAGCUGCAGGAUCUGCUCCACAUUUGAAUGUAUAGGGGAUUGGAAGGGACCAUUUCCAUGGGCCAUCUGUUACACAGGCUGCAGCGCUAACAAAGGUUCCCAGGAUGGUUUUAGUGCAUGUUGGAUAUCUGGUUCUUCCUGUUUUUGGCUCUGUAAGAAACAGAGGUGCCCAUUUUAACAGGCAUCAGCACAGCCAUGCUACCUCCUGCCGGCACUUCCACCUGGGCCCCCAGCCGCAACUCUCCGCCGAGUUCCCUAUUCCCCAUCCAAAUCAAUCCCAACCUGGAAUGAGCCCUCAUUUGCCACCUGCUCACCAGCAUGCUACACCUCUUCAUCAGCCUCUGGCCCCUCUGCCAGCCCCGCAGUUCCAAGAUGUCCCAGGACCCCCAUUCCUACCUCAGGCCUUACACCAACAAUACCUCAUUCAGCAGCAGCUACUAGAAGCCCAGCAUAGGAGAAUUCUACCCCACCCAAGGCGGACUCAGGAGCGAGUACCUCUCCAACCCCAUCGACUGCGCUCUGGCUAUGACUACGGCCCUACCUUGCAUGUCCCCCAGACUAUGGGGCAGCAGCCACGGUACUUAGCAGAAGGCACUGACUGGGAUCUCAGUGUGGAUGCUGGACUUUCUCACUCUCAGUACCAAGUCAGGCAACUUCCCCAGCACUAUCAGCAUUAUUUGGCCACUCCCAGAAUGCACCACUUCCCCAGAAAUGCCUCAUCAGCACAAGUGGUUGUUCAUGAAAUCAGGAACUAUCCAUAUCCACAACUGCACCUGCUUGCUCUGCAAGGACUCAGCCCUACACGACAUGCGUCAGCAGUGAGAGAGAGCUAUGAGGAGCUGCUACAGCUAGAAGACAGACUAGGAAGUGUAAACCGGGGGGCAGUGCAAACCACCAUUGAGAGGUACACCUUUCCACACAAGUAUAAGAAGAGAAGGCCACAGGAGUUAAAAAUAGUCAUGGAGGAAGAAGAGGAAUCAGACAUGGAUGAAAAAUGCACAAUCUGUCUUUCUAUGCUGGAGGAUGGAGAAGAUGUAAGGAGGCUUCCAUGUAUGCAUCUCUUCCACCAAGCCUGUGUGGACCAGUGGCUGGCCACCAGCAGAAAGUGCCCUAUUUGCAGAGUGGACAUUGAAACGCAGCUGACGCCUGACAGCUGAGUCUUCUCCCCCCCCCCCAAAUUUGGAACUAAUUCCUGCCAUUUCCGGGUUCCUCAGGCACGUUGCCAAAUGCUUCAAGUCUCGUCUUGACCACUUUUCAAGCCUGCCUUCUGAGCCAAGAGAGAAGACAACACAACAAGCACAGUAUAAAAAAGUAAUGAAAAAAAAAUUAGUCUGUGGCAGGAAGGCAGGAUCUGGUAGCAAAGUUGGGGGCCUUGUGCAUCUUGGGAGCUGGUUUUCCCAGACUGAAUGAGCACACAACUCUCCUAAUGAAAGCCAUUUCGCAGUGAAGGUACGAACAUCCAUAGCAUGUUAAGAAUUAUGUCAUACAUUUUAAUAAUUUGUAGGAUUUCCCUGGCAAGUAACAAGAUACACUUAAAAAAUUCAUAAAAGUGUAAUGAUUUCUGAAACUACUUGGAAUAAUGGGUAUGAUUUGAAAACCCAUAAUUUAAAAUAUCUGGAAUAAGAGGAAGCCCGUCCAAUUCAAAAUGGCCAUAUUCUGAGGUUUUUGAUUUGUUUAAGCCCAGUGGCAUUAUGGGUUGUCUAUAAACCUGUGAGUUCAGGUAUGUUAAUACCUGCUUUCCUCUUUGAAUGCAACACUCAUGUGGCACACUCAGGCAUCUUGCUGGAAAACAGAGAGAUGUCUCCGCACUGAAGACUUUGGAAUGAAUAUGUGAUGAAAGCAGAAGAAGGAUGCUUUGGGGGGAGGGAGGCAAAGAACUGGAAAUAAAUGCAGAAAUUUCAAGCCAAACAGAAAUUCUUACAGGAAUUAAAAAAACAAAGAAAAUUGUUUUCUUCCCAAAAUUGUGCACAGCAAAGAAAUUGGGAUGUGAGAGCACAGUUGAGACUUAUGGGGAGAUCUAAGUAGCCCUGUCUGAGCUGUGCAAAUCCUGUUCCCAGUUUUUCCACAAGAAAGGUGCCUCUUUCCA